GCUUCAAGCAAAUUCAACCAAUCGGUGACAGUCAGUAAUUCGUUGUGCGCCAGUGUCUUUUUAAUUCUCCAGAAUUUUGUGCAAUGCCACCACCACCUCCACCACCACCACCAUAUGGAUAUUACGGUCGCCCUCAUCACCACAAUCCUCGUCCAGGUAUUGAAAUUGACAUUUUUCCCGGAUGGCGUGGGGGCAUCUAUGGACCACCUCCACCACCACCACCACCGCCUCGCACAGAGAUCGUAGUUGUAACGCCAGGUAAUGCGGCCGCUGGCUAUGCCACACCAGCUGCCACUUAUAUACCGCCACAAGGACAAUACUACGACAACAAUUAUAGUAAUGGUGCUUACGCAUAUCCGCGACACUACAAUAAUCCGCAAUAUCCUGGCUGGUAGCGGCAAAUGGCUUUUGGAAAUAGAGAGAUUUCUUUACAUUUAAUCACUGGAAUGCUACUUGAACGAAUGUAAACUUCUGAACAAAUUGUGCUCAUUAUUAUUCAUUUGUUAUGUUUUCUCAA